AUGGUUGAGCAAAUUACAAGAAUCACUCUUUUCAAGGUUCCCGACGAGGAAAAUCAGAACAAGAUACUGGCACUUUACCGGCAGAUGCCUCAAAAAGCCUUGAAAGAUGGCAAGCCUUACAUGCUCUCUGUAAAGGCCGGUCUGGCCGUUGCGGAUCAAAGAGCUCAGGGCUUCACUGUGGCAGCUGUGUCCACAUUUGCAUCCAAGGGAGACAUGGACUACUACGAUAAUGGCUGCGCGGCACACCAGGAAUUGAAGAGUAUUGCAAAGAAUGCUCACCAAGGCUUUGCCAUGGUAUUCUUCCCGGAUGGGGUAGAGCAGUAG